ACGCAGUGCCCACAGGAAACCGGGCACCCAAGUGAGGACACCCGCUUUACCAAUGGGCUGAACGUGGGAAGCGUUGCCAAAUUCCUGUGUCCUGCAGCAAUGUACGCCUGGCCUGUGAGCAGCCGCAUUUGCCAAGCCAGCGGCCAGUGGAGCAUAAUGGAGUCCAAAACCAGAUGGAAGUAUACAAAGAUCUACUGUAAAGAAAUGAGGUGUCCAAAUCCUGACAGAUUUGACAAUGGAGAAUACUUCCCCAGGGGCCCUUACAAGGUUGGGGACAACAUCACCUUUGUCUGUAGUGAUGGCUACAUUCCUCGGGGCUCCAUGGAAAGGACCUGUAAGAGUAAUGCAAAGUGGAGUGGAGAAACCGCAGUGUGUGAUGAUGGGGCUGGCCAUUGUCCUGACCCCGGGGAGCCUCCUGGAGCCAGGAAAACUGGGCUUCGGUAUGAUGUUGAUGAAAGAGUCUCAUACACGUGUGCUCUUGGUCUUGACUUGGUGGGCUCAGCUAAACGGACAUGUCUAGAGAGCAGGCGCUGGAGCGGAACUGAGGUCAGCUGUCAGUACCCCUAUGCCUUCGAUCUCCCUGAAGAUGUUGGACAGCAAUUUGCUGGGUCUCUUUCUGGGUUAUUGAACACCUAUGAAAAGAAAGCUGCUGUUGGGCGCACAGUAAAGAUAAAGAAGGACGGAAUUCUGAAUGUCUAUCUUCUCCUGGAUGCCUCAGAGAGUGUUGGUGAAAACAACUUUGACAUUUCCAAGAAGAGCAUAGAGGAUCUUGUCAAUAGGCUUGGGUCAUUUGACAUGAUAGUUCAGUUUGGAAUAAUGUCUUACGCCACGGAAACUAAAGUCAUAAUCAAUGUUCAUGACAAGGACUCCAGUGAUGUAGACUAUGUUUUGGAGGAAAUUGAGAAUAAGCUCAUAUACAACGAGCACCGCAAUAAGCAAGGAACCAACAUUAAGGGGGCUUUGACAUCUGUAUAUAACAUGAUGGCCUUUCAGAAGGGUCAGUACAAGGAAGAUGAGUGGAAUUCAAUCCAGCAUGUCAUCAUUCUAUUGACCGACGGAAAAUCUAACAUGGGUGGCCGGCCUGUGGAUAUGAUAAAUAGAAUUAGAGAGUUCUUAGACAUCAAGCCAACCAGAGAAGAUUACCUAGAUAUCUAUGCAUUUGGUAUUGGUGAGGAAGUCGACAGGUCAGAAUUGAAUGACAUAGCAUCUAAGAAGGAUAAUGAGAAGCACAUAUUCACACUGGAAGACUCGGAGAAGAUAAAGGCAGUCUUCUCUGAGAUCACAAAAAUUGAAAAUUACGGGGAAAUGUGCGGCCUGAACGAUGAGAGCUCAUCAGAUAGAAAACUUCACCACCCGUGGAACGUGUUAAUUAACGUGAGUAAAGAAAAUGCUGGAGGUACAAGCCCUUGCUUCGGAUCUCUCAUCUCCAGCCAGUGGAUCCUCACCGCUGCUCACUGUUUCAAGGGCCACACAAUGGAUCAAUACACAUUUGAGAUUGGAUCGGCAACAUAUAAAGCGGAACUAAGAAUAAUCCACAAAUGUUAUAAUAUAAUCCGGAAGGCGAACAGAGGGAUAAAGGAGGAUUAUGACUACGAUGUGGCCCUUGUAAAACUGACUGAGAAAGUGGAAUUCAGCAGCAGUGCCAGGCCUAUCUGCCUCCCGUGUACGGAGAUGGCCAACCGCGCCAUGAAAAAGCCCAAGACCGCUACCUGCAAUGACCACCGGCAGCAUCUGUUGUCUUCUGUGUCCAGCAUACCGGCUGGAUUCCUCGCCAAGUCAAAAGAUAAAAAAGAGCUGGAAGAACUGAAAGUCGAAAUACAGCACAACAAUGCCAGAGAAGAUUGUAUAUCAACCAUUAAAAAAUGGGAUAAAUUCCAUAACAUCACCAACCUCCAGGAUAUGGUCUCACCGCGACACUUAUGUGUGAAUGGAGAGAUGUCCUGUAAAGGAGAAUCGGGUGGAUCUCUCUUCGUUGAUAUAAGGGAUAGAAAACGAUUCUUCCAGGUGGGGAUUCUGAGCUUCGGGAUCUAUAACCCUUGUGAGAAAAAGACUGUGCGGAAGCCGUCUUCUAACGCUCGGGAUUUUUAUGUCAACGUCUUGGAGGUCUUGCCUUUCCUGCGCAAACACCUGGAGGGAGAACUGCAGUUCUUGCCGGGAAUUCCGGAUCUAGAGGAGAUUGUCUGCCCGGCCUGAUCGGAGCGCAGACUGCAGAACGCCGUCCUCUGAACUCUGACCUGAUUGUGUUAAUUCUGCAGCAUUUCACGUUGUGUGGACUGACGCGCACUAUAAUCCAUGUUUUGUAAAGCUCUUUUUUUAA